AUGAGAUGGUGGUUCACGUACUGGUCGCGACACGGUGUACCAGGGCCAAACUUCAUGGAGUACGACCUGUUUUACAACAUACACCACGACUACAUCUUGAACGCCGUACAAAAAUAUGGCCGCAUUUAUGGCACAUACAUAGGGACGAGUAGGUCGCUGGUGGUGAACGAGCCCGACCUGCUCCGGGACAUAAUGGUCCGAGAUUUUCACGUAUUCCCCGAUCACAGACACUUUGACCCCGGGUCUACCAAGGUGAGCAAGCUCAUGUACUUCAUGCCGGGAGACGACGACUGGAAGCGCGUCCGAUCCAUAGUGUCCGCGGCGUUCACGUUGGGAAAAGUGCGGGCAAUGAUGGCACACAUCGACCACAUUUGCGACACCUUUGUCGACAACCUGGACGCGCACCGGAGGAAAGAAAUCGCUUUACAAUUGGACCUAGGUGAACCGGUAAAUAUGCGUCUAUAUUUCGGUGCCUUUUUAAUGGACGUCAUCAGCGCCUGUGCCUACGGCAUAAACCCCGAGUCCAUAAAUAACCUCGAUCAUCCCAUUGUGACCAACGCUAAACGAAUAUUAAGCGUGGAUGGUUUUCGUAUGCUAUUCUUGGUCUUAGCACCCUGGUUAGCCAAACUGUUAAAGUUACAGCUUUUUGACACCAAUUCUAUUGACUAUUUCGAUGAACUGACCAAGCAAAUAUUUAAAGAGAGAAAGGCUAUAAGUGAGCACCCUGCCAAACGUCGCAUAGAUUUCAUACAAUUAAUGAUAGACUCGGAAAAUACGGACAAAGACCUGGACUAUAAUACCCACAGCGAUGGGGAACAGGACGUCGAGUCGACUGACGCCCCGACAAAAGGCCUACGAGUGGUGAGAUGA